AUGACCCAAACAUCACAGCAUCACUUCCCAGACUCUGUGUGUGUAAAUCUAUCUCUCUAUCUCAUUUCCAUCCAGCAGGCCCCACAGACGCAGACGGACGUGCGCUCACACACACACACACAGACUGGGAGCGUGAGUGAGUGACCGUCUGUGAUGGUGUGGGGGGGGGGCGGCUAGCGCUAAUGGUGUCACUUUCACGGGGCCAAAUUUGACACGUGUCCAGAGAAUAGAACAGCUCGGCACUACUCCAUCCUAAUCCCAUAGCCGGCUCCUCACGCAUGCUGCCCACAUGCCACGGCCAACAGAAAGGAGCCAUCUGUCACCGUCGGCAAAGAUGAGCCUUUGAGAUGGAAGAGAGAGAGGGGGGACAGAGUAGUGCGGUGCCCCAGGUACCUGAGCCCAAGCCUGGGUCUGACGCUACUACCUGAGAGGACAUGGUUAGCGUUAGCAUCAGAGGCAGUGAUCAAAGGAAGAGUUAGCGUAACGCUAGCCGAGGUGCUUGUCUCUCACUUUCUGGGUGUUAAUGAGAUUGUGGAGAGUCAGUAAAUAACAUGGGAGGGAUAAAGGUGUCAGGGGGGCGAUUUCUCAAAAUCAGACGACGUGAGACCGAUGGGAGAUGCGAGCAGAGCGGCCUUCCUGUAUCAGAGGAUGGGGGCGUAUAGACAAGAGGAGAGGGGAGAGUGAAUGAGUGCUGAGAGGAACGUGUCAGGGCUGUCUGGUUGAUGGGAGGGAAAUCAAGGGACUUGUUGUGAUUUAAGCCAGGUCAGGGCUCUGUGCAGGCCAGUCAAGUUCUUCCACACCGAUCUCGACAAACCAUUUCUGUAUGGACCUCGCUUUGUGCACGGGGGCAUUGUCAUGCUGAAACAGGAAAGGAACUUGACUAGCCUGCACAGAGCCCUGACAGAGCCACAGAGUUGGAAGCACCGAAUAAUCUAGAAUGUCAUUGUAUGCUGUAGUGUUGAAAUUUCCCUUCACUGGAACUAAGCAACCUAGCCCGAACCAUGAAAAACAGCUCCAGACCAUAAUUCCUCCUCCACCAAACUUUACAGUUAGCACUAUGGAUUGGGCAGGUAGCGUUCUCCUGGCAUCCGCCAAACCCAGAUUAGUCCGUCGGACUGCCAGAUGGUGAAGCGUGAUUCAUCACGCCAAAGAACGCGUUUCCACUGCUCCAGAGUCCAAUGGCAGCGAGCUUUAAACCCCUCCGGCCGAUGCUUGGCAUUGUGCAUGGUAAUCUUAGGCUUGUGUGCGGCUGCUCGGCCAUGCAAAACCAUUUCAUGAAGCUCUCAACGAACAGAUCUCGUGCUGACAUUGCUUAAAGAGGUAGUUUGGAACUCGGUAGUGAGUGUUGCAACCGAGGACAGACGAUUUUUACGCGCAGAGCGCUUCAGCACUCGGCGGUCCCGUUCUGUGAGCUUGUGUGGCCUACCACUUCACGGCUGAGCCGUUGUUGCUCCUAGACAUUUCCACAUCACAAUAACAGCACUUAUAGUUGACCGGGGCAGCUCUAGCAGGGCAGAAAUGUGAUGAACUGACUUGUUGGAAAGGUGGCAUUCUAUGACGGUUGUCAAGGGCUGAGGUGUAUGGAGUGUGGAAGUCAGGCGCAGGACACCGAAGUUUAGUCCAACAAAGUUUACUGUGAAAACCACUGGGCAAAAAUACAGUAAACGGCCUCAACAACAAAACCGAGGCGAGCAAUACGCAAACCAUGCGUAUAACAAAUAAACAAGAAAACAAAUACAAAACACGCAGCACUACGUUCAGGCGGAGAACAACACACAACCUAACCAAUACAACACAGGCAACUUAUAGAACACGUAAUCAGACACAAACGGACACAGGUGUGACAGACAGACAAAAGCAAUCACACAUAGAAACAUUCAACGGUGGCAGCUAGUACUCCGGGGACGACGAACGCUGAAGCCUGCCCGAACCAGGAGGAGGAGCAGCCUCGGCAGAAUCCGUGACAGUACCCCCCCGGCCUCGGGGACGGCCAGGAGGACGCGGACCCGGGCGCGUGGGAUGCCCACGGUGGAACUCCGUCAGGAGGGAUGGAUCUAGGAUGUCCCUCCUAGGCACCCAGCACCGUUCCUCCGGACCGUACCCCUCUCACUCCACGAGAUACUGGAGACCACCCAUCCGGCGCCUCGAGUCCAAGAUGGUCCGGACUCUGUACGCCGGGACCCCCUCGAUGUCCAAAGGGGGCGGAGGGGUCUCUCCUAUCUCAUGUUCUUGGAGUGGGCCAGCUACCACCGGCCUGAGAAGAGACACAUGGAACGAGGGGUUAAUAUUCUUGUACUCAAUAGGCAAUUGUAACCUGUAACACACCUCGUUCAAUCUUCUCAGGACUUUAAAGGGCCCCACAAACCGCCGACCCAGCUUCCGGCAGGGCAGGCGGAGGGGCAGGUUUCGAGUCGAGAGCCAGACUCGAUCUCCCGGUGCGUAUACCGGUCCCUCACUGCGGUGGCCAUCGGCGCUCGCCUUUUGUUGACGGAUGGCCCGCUGCAGAUGGACAUGGGCAGCGUCCCACGUCUCCUCCGAGCGCCGAAUCCACUCAUCCACCGCAGGGGCCUCGAUCUGGCUCUCGUGCCAUGGUGCCAGGACCGGCUGAUAACCUAAAACACACUGGAAAGGUGUUAAAUUGGUGGAGGAGUGGCGGAGAGAGUUCUGGGCCAUCUCUGCCCAGGGGAUAUACCUAGACCACUCCUCCGGCCGGUCCUGGCAAUAGGACCUCAGAAACCUACCCACAUCCUGGUUGACUCGUUCAACCUGCCCAUUGCUUUUUGGGUGGUACCCCGAGGUAAGGCUCACCGAGACCCCCAAGUGUUCCAUGAACGCCCCCCAGACUCUGGAGGUGAACUGGGGACCUCGGUCAGACACUAUAUCCUCGGGGACCCCAUAGUGCCGGAACACGUGGGUAAAUAGGGCCUCAGCGGUCUGUAGGGCAGUAGGGAGACCCGGCAUUGGGAGGAGACGACAGGCCUUAGAAAACCGAUCCACAACGACCAAAAUGGUGGUAUUCCCCUGGGAGGGGGGUAGGUCGGUCACAAAAUCCACCGAGAGGUGGGACCAUGGUCGUUGUGGAACGGGCAGGGGAUGUAACUUUCCCCUGGGCAAAUGUCUAGGCGCCUUACACUGGGCGCACACCGAGCAGGAGGAGACAUAAAACCUCACAUCCCUAGCUAACGUUGGCCACCAGUAUUUCACGCUAAGGCAGUGCACUGUCCGGCCAAUACCUGGAUGUCCAGAGGAGGGUGAUGUAUGAGCCCAAUAAAUAAGGCGAUCACGAACCUCGAGCGGAACGUACGUCCGCCCCACCGGACACUCGGGGGGAGUAGGGUCGGUACGCAGUGCCCGCUCGAUCUCCGCAUCGACCUCCCACACCACCGGAGCCACCAGACAAGACUCCGGCAGUAUGGGAGUAGGCUCAAUGGACCUCUCCUCUGUGUCAUACCGCCGGGUCAGGGUGUCUGCCUUACCGUUCUGGGACCCUGGGAUGUAUGUGAUCUUAAAAACAAACCGGGUCAGGAACAUGUUCCACCUAGCCUGACGAGGGUUCAAUCUCCUAGCUGCCCGGAUGUACUCCAGGUUACGGUGAUCAGUCAGAAUGAGGAAAGGGUGUUGAGCCCCCUCAAGCCAAUGCCUCCACACCUUUAGGGCCUGGACUACAGCUAACAGCUCCCUGUCCCCAACGUCAUAAUUACGCUCCGCCGAGCUGAGCUUCUUAGAGUAGAACGCACAGGGGCGGAGCUUAGGUGGCGUGCCGGACCGUUGCGACAGGACUGCCCCAAUGCCGGCCUCGGACGCGUCUACCUCUACUUGGAAUGGUAAAGAGGGAUCCGGAUGCGCCAGCACCGGGGCCGAGGUGAACAGGUUCUUCAGUUUGACAAAUGCCCUGUCCGCCUCAGCUGACCACUGCAAACGAACCGGACCCCCCUUUAGCAGGGACGUAAUGGGAGCUGCAACCUGUCCAAAGCCCCGGAUAAACCUCCGGUAGUAAUUAGCAAAACCCAAAAACUGCUGCACCUCUUUUACAGUGGUUGGAGUUUGCCAAUUACGCACGGCCGACACACGGUCUACCUCUAUCUCCACACCAGACGCGGACAACCGAUAACCCAAAAAGGAGACGGACUCCUGGAAGAACAGGCAUUUCUCUGCCUUGACAUACAAGUCAUGCUCCAACAGUCUUCUCAACACUCGGCGCACCAGGGCUACAUGCUCGGCUCGUGUAGAAGAGUACACUAGGAUGUCGUCGAUGUAUACUACCACACCCUGCCCAUGCAUGUUCCGGAAAAUCUCGUCAACAAAGGAUUGGAAGACUGAAGGAGCAUUCAUUAACCCAUAAGGCAUGACGAGAUACUCUUAAUGACCCGAGGUGGUGCUAAAUGCAGUUUUCCAUUCAUCCCCCUUCCUAAUGCGCACCAGAUUGUACGCGCUACUGAGAUCCAACUUUGUGAAGAACCGCGCUCCGCGUAAUGAUUCUGUUAUAGUCGCAAUCAGUGGAAGAGGGUAACUGUACUUAACCGUGAUCAGAUUGAGACUACGGUUGUCACGGUUUCGGCCGAGGCUGCCUCUCUCCCUUGUACGGGCAGGUUUCGGCGUUCGUCGUCUCCGGAAUUCUAGCUGCCACCGUUGUAUGUUCUAUGUUUCCUGUUUGAUUAGUUUUGUCUGUUAGCCACACCUGUCUUGUGUUAUGUCUCAUUAAGCACCCUAUUUAGUUUCCUUGUUGUUAGUGUAGUGUUGUGUGUAAUUGUUUCGUGUCAGGUGUUUGUGCGUUACCCGUGUUUCGGUACGCCAGUUACAUUAUAGCUUCCUCCUCGAUUGAGGAGAGUUUUUUGCGCCCUGUGUUUGUGCGCUCGUGUUUGACGCCUGUGUGCGUCUGUUUGGCCUCUGGCCGUUUUUGGAUUGUUUGCUCUCGCUAGUAAAGUCUUGUUGGACUGUACAUCUGCUUCUGCGCCUGAUUCCACACCACACCAUUUAUACACCGUGACAGAAUUACACACCCGACGAAUCAGCAGGAGCCGAAGCAGCCCCGACGAGACUGGAGGUCCAGGUUCGGGAACAACAGGACCAGAUACAGCAGAUGGGGACCGCCCUGCAGGAGGUGAUCACCACGCUCCGAGGCUGGGGAGCGCCUCCACCACCUCCCUCCCUGCCAGCACCAUCGGCCAGUCCGCCCAUUCCAGCGCCAGAACCCCGAGGAAUCCGACUCUCUCUCCCGAGGGCCUACGACGGAACCGCGGCUGGGUGUCAGGGAUUCCUCCUCCAGGUGGAGCUGUACCUGGCCACCGUACACCCGGCACCCUCGGGGCAUGAGAGCGUGUCCGCCCUGAUCUCCUGCCUGUCCGGGAAGGCGUUGGAAUGGGCCAACGUGGAGUGGAGGAAGAUCGACGCCGAGACGAUCACCUACAACAAGUUCUCCCGCCGCUUCAGGGCGGUGUUUGACCAUCCCCCAGAGGGGAAAGCGGCGGGGGAGCGUCUGGUCUUCCUCCGGCAGGGGAGGAGGAGUGCCCAAGAAUUCGCUCUCGAAUUCCGUACUCUAGCGGCAGAUGCCGGGUGGAAUGAGCGGGCCCUCGUCGAUCUAUACAGAUGUAGCCUACGAGAGGAUGUCCGUCGGGAGCUGGCUUGUAGGGACACCAGUCUCUCUUUCGACCAGCUGGUCGACAUGUCCAUCAGGCUGGAUAACCUAUUGGCCACCCGCGGACGUCCUGAGGGGGUCCGUCCAUUUCACCCUCCAGCGCCUCCGAGCCGUGUCCUAUGGAGCUCGGGGGCGCUGGCGCUAGAGAGAGGAGGAGUCGGUUGGUUAGGGGGUCCAUCCACUGCACCAACUGUGGUCGGGGAGGACACACCGCAGCUAGGUGCUGGGGAUGGCCUCCUGGGAGGAUGACGACAGGUCCCGCACUGGGGAUUCCCUCCAGGUGAGUAGGCGCCCCACUCACCCAGAGCUCACUGUUGCCCAUUUUUGGAUGCCUGUGCGUUUUCCACAGGUAGCACCUCAUUCCCAGCAUAAGGCGCUGGUAGAUUCAGGCGCGGCUGGGAAUUUUAUUGAUAAAAAGUUUUGUUUAGCGUUAGGGAUUCCCCUUAUUCCUGUUGAUGUUCCUUUUCCCGUUCAUGCCCUAGAUAGUCGUCCGUUGGGUACGGGCUUAAUCAGGGAGGUCACGGCGCCACUUAGGAUGUGUGCACAGGGGGAUCAUCAGGAGAUGAUUCAGCUGUUCCUGAUUGACUCUCCUGCGUAUCCGGUGGUGAUCUGCUCAGUGUGUGGGUAGAUGUUUGGGCGUUUCCGUAGGGGCUACCUCGGUGGAGAGUCCAAACCAGGUGCCCGCAUUGCACGUUCCCCCUGAGUAUGGGGAUUUGGCUAUUGCGUUUAGUAAGGCGAGGGCGACGCGGUUGCCACCCCAUAGGCAGGGAGAUUGUGCGAUAGACCUCCAGGCAGGAGCUGCGCUCCCACGGAGCCAUGUGUAUCCUCUGUCUCAGGAGGAGAAGAAAGCUAUGGAGAUUUACAUAGACGAAUCUCUGAGACAAGGAUACAUACGGCCUUCCACUUCCCCUGCGUCCUCGAGUUUCUUUUUUGUGAAGAAAAAGGAUGGUGGUUUGCGCCCGUGCAUCGAUUACCGUGGUCUCAAUCAGAUUACGGUGAAGUACAGUUAUCCACUCCCGCUGAUUUCGACCAUGACUGAGUCGUUGCAUGGGGCGCGUUUCUUCACUAAAUUAGAUCUCAGGAGCGCGUACAACUUGGUGCGCAUCAGGGAGGGUGAUGAAUGGAAGACAGCCUUUAGUACCACCUCGGGCCAUUACGAGUAUCUGGUCAUGCCAUACGGGUUGAUGAAUGCUCCGUCAGUUUUCCAAUCAUUCGUGGAUGAGAUCUUCAGGGACAUGCAGGGGCAGGGGGUGGUUGUGUACAUUGAUGACAUUCUCGUGUACUCGCCUACCCGUGUCGAGCAUGUGGCCCUGGUGCGUAGAGUGUUGCGGAGGCUGGUGGAGCACGACCUGUAUGUGAAGGCAGAGAAGUGUCUGUUUUUCCAGGAGUCGGUCUCCUUUUUGGGUUAUCAGUUGUCUGUGUCAGGGGUGAAGAUGGAGGUAGACCGGGUGUCGGCCGUGCGUAAUUGGCAAACACCAACCACUGUGAAGGAGGUGCAGCAGUUUUUGGGGUUUGCAAAUUACUACAGGAGGUUUAUCCGGGGUUUUGGACAGGUGGCAGCUCCCAUCACGUCUCUGUUGAAGGGGGGUCCGGUGCGUCUUCAGUGGUCGGCCGAGGCGGACAGGGCGUUUGGGAGGCUGAAGGACCUGUUUACCUCGGCCCCGGUGCUGGCGCAUCCGGAUCCCUCUUUGCCGUUCCAGGUAGAGGUGGACGCGUCAGAGGCCGGUUUAGGAGCCGUGCUUUCACAACGGUCUGGCGCGCCACCUAAACUCCGCCCCUGUGCUUUUUAUUCUAAGAAGCUCAGUCCGGCGGAGCGGAACUAUGACGUAGGGGACAGGGAGCUGUUAGCCGUGGUACAGGCUCUAAAGGUGUGGAGGCACUGGCUUGAGGGGGCUCAACACCCUUUCCUCAUUUUGACGGACCACCGUAACCUGGAGUACAUCCGGGCGGCGAGGAGGCUGAACCCUCGCCAGGCAAGAUGGAGUAUGUUCUUGACCAGGUUUACUUUUAAGAUCACGUACAUCCCUGGGUCACAGAAUGGUAAGGCAGAUGCGCUGUCUCGGCGGUAUGACACGGAGGAGAGGUCCGUGGAGCCCACUCCCAUACUGCCUGAGUCGUGUCUGGUGGCACCGGUAGUGUGGGAGGUCGAUACUGAACUCGAGUGGGCGUUACGCACCGACCCUAGUCCACCACAGUGCCCGGAGGGUCGGAAGUACGUUCCGCUCGAGGUUCGGGAUCGAUUGAUCUAUUGGGCUCACACGUCACCCUCCUCUGGACAUCCGGGUAUCGGCCGGACAGUGCACUGUCUUAGUGCCAAGUACUGGUGGCCCACGUUGGCAAGGGAUGUGAGGGUUUAUGUUUCCUCCUGCUCGGUGUGCGCCCAGUGUAAGGCGCCUAGACAUCUGCCUAGGGGUAAGUUGCUACCCCUGCCCGUUCCACAACGACCAUGGUCCCACCUCUCUGUGGACUUUAUAACAGACCUUCCCCUCUCCCAAGGGAAUACUACCAUCCUGGUCGUUGUGGACCGGUUCUCUAAGGCCUGUCGUUUGCUCCCCAUGCCGGGUCUUCCUACUGCCCUACAAACUGCCGAGGCACUGUUCACCCAUGUGAUCCAGCACUACGGGGUACCCGAGGACAUUGUGGCUGAUCGGGGUCCCCAAUUCACCUCCAGAGUCUGGAGAGCGUUUAUGGAGCGGUUGGGGGUCUCGGUGAGCCUCACCUCGGGGUACCACCCGGAGAGUAAUGGGCAGGUGGAACGCGUUAACCAGGAUGUGGGUAGGUUUCUCAGAACAUACUGCCGGGACCGGCCGGAGGAGUGGUCAAGGUACGUUCCCUGGGCCGAGAUGGCCCAGAAUUCCCUACGCCAUUCCUCCACUAACCUAACUCCAUUUCAAUGUGUGUUGGGUUACCAGCCGGUUCUGGCACCCUGGCAGCAGAGCCAGAUCGAGGCUCCUGCGGUGGAUGAGUGGGCGCGGCGCUCGGAGGAGACUUGGAACGCUGCACACGUCCACCUACAGCGGGCCCUCCGACGUCAGAAGGCGAGCGCUGAUCUCCACCGCAGUGAGGGACCGGUGUACGCACCUGGUGAUCGAGUCUGGCUCUCUACCAGAAACCUGCCCCUCCGCCUGCCCUGUCGGAAACUGGGUCGGCGGUUUGUAGGGCCAUUUAAAGUCCUGAGAAGGUUGAACGAGGUAUGUUAUAGAUUACAGCUACCUGUGGAGUAUAAGUGUAUUAACCCCUCGUUCCAUGUGUCCCUUCUCAGGCCGGUGGUAGCAGGCCCGCUCCAAGAAAAUGAGAUAGGGGAGACUCCUCCGCCCCCAUUGGACAUCGAGGGGGCACCGGCGUACUCCGUGAGGUCCAUUUUGGAUUCGAGACGUCGGAUGGGGGGUCUCCAGUAUCUAGUGGAGUGGGAGGGGUACGGUCCGGAGGAGCGGUGCUGGGUGCCGAGGAGAGACAUUUUGGACCCGUCGCUCCUGACGGAAUUCCAUCGGGGGUAUCCAACGCGCCCUGCUCCACGUCCUCCGGGUCGUCCCCAAGGCCGGAGUCGGCGCACGUCUGGAGCCGCGCGUCAAGGGGGGGGUACUGUCACGGUUUCGGCCGAGGCUGCCUCUCUCCCUUGUUCGGGCUGGUUUCGGCGUUCGUCGUCUCCGGAAUUCUAGCUGCCACCGUUGUAUGUUCUAUGUUUCCUGUUUGAUUAGUUUUGUCUGUUAGCCACACCUGUCUUGUGUUAUGUCUCAUUAAGCACCCUAUUUAGUUUCCUUGUUGUUAGUGUAGUGUUGUGUGUAAUUGUUUCGUGUCAGGUGUUUGUGCGUUACCCGUGUUUCGGUACGCCAGUUACAUUAUAGCUUCCUCCUUGAUUGAGGAGAGUUUUUUGCGCCCUGUGUUUGUGCGCUCGUGUUUGACGCCUGUGUGCGUCUGUUUGGCCUCUGGCCGUUUUUGGAUUGUUUUGCUCUCGCUAGUAAAGUCUUGUUGGACUGUACAUCUGCUUCUGCGCCUGAUUCCACACCACACCAUUUAUACACCGUGACAACGGUAAUCAAUACACGUGCGCAAACCCCCGUCCUUCUUCUUCACAAAGAAGAAACUCGAGGAAACCGGGGAAGUGGAGGACCGUAUGUAACCCUGUGCCAAGGACUCGGCUAUGUAAGUCUCCAUGCCGCUGUCUCCUCUUGAGACAGGGGAUACACACGGCUCCACGGAAGUGCCGCUCCUGUUUGGAGAUUUAUCGCACAAUCCCCCUGUCUAUGAGGUGGUAGCCGUGUUGCCCUCGUUUUGCUGAACACAAGUGCUAAAUCCUCAUAUUCAGGGGGAAUGCGCAUUGCGGGCACUUGGUUCGGACUCUCUACCGAGGUCGCCCCUAAGGAAACACCUAGACAUCUCCCUACACACUGGGCAGACCACUCCAUAAGAGCCCUCUGUUGCCACGCAAUGGUAGGAUCAUGGGCGCUUAACCAGGGAAGCCCCAACACCACGGGAUACGCAGGAGAGUCAAUCAGAUAAAACUGAAUGAUCUCCUCAUGACCCCCCUGCGUCGUCAUCUUAAGUGGUGCUGUGACUUCUCUGAUCAGCCCCGACCCCAACGGCCGGCUGUCUAGGGCGUGAACAGGAAAGGGGGCUUCUACCGGCCGAAGGGGAAUUCCUAACCUAAUACAAAAUGCACGAUCAACAAAAUUCCCAGCUGCGCCUGAAUCUACUAGCGCCUUAUGCUGGGAAUGAAGUGCCACCUGUGGAAAUCUCACAGGUAUACUCAUGUGACCAACAGAGAGCUCUGGGUAAGUGGGGCGCCUACUCACCUGAAAUGACUCCCCAGUGCGUGACCUGUUGUCCCCUCUCCCAGGAGACCCUCCCCAGCACCUGGCCGUGGUGUGUCCUCCACGGCCACAGUUGGUGCAGGGGAUGGCCCCCCUCGGGUUCUCUCUCCUCCUCUCUCUAGCGCCAGCACCCCCGAGCUCCAUGGGAAUCGGCUCGGAGGUGCUGGAGGGUGGAAUGGAUGACCCCCACUCGGGACGUCCGCGGGUAGCCAGCAGGAUGUCGAGCCGGAUGGAGAUGUCCACCAACUGGUCGAAGGCUAGGUUGGUGUCCCUGCAGGCCAGCUCACGACGAACGUCCUCUCGUAGGCUACACCGGUAAUGGUCGAUGAGGGCCCUCGCAUUCCACCCCGCAUCCGCCGCAAGAGUCCGGAACUCCAGGGCGAACUCCUGUGCGCUCCUCUUCCCCUGUCGGAGGUGGAACAGACGCUCCCCCGCCGCCUUCCCCUCAGGUGGGUGAUCGAAGACAGCCCUGAAGCGGCGGGAGAACUCCGCGUAGGUGAUGGUAGCUGCGUCUAUUCCCCUCCAUUCGGCGUUGGCCCACUCCAACGCCUUGCCGGAUAGACAGGAGAUGAGUGCGGAGACGCUCUCGUAUCCCAAGGGUGCUGGGUGUAUGGUAGCCAGGUAGAGUUCCACCUGCAGGAGGAACCCCUGACACCCUGCUGCAGAACCGUCAUAUGCCCUCGGGAGCGAGAGCCGAACGCCACUGGGUUCCGGUGCUGAGAGAGGAGGACUGGCCGUUGGUGAUGGGAUGGUGUGAGAAGGCGUGGGCACCUCUCCAGUAACCAACUGGCGCAGAGUGUUGGACACCUCGUUCAUGGCGGCCCCAAGUCGCCGGAUCAUGGUGUCUUGGUCGCUGAUCCGAUCCUCCAGCGACUUGGGUGCCGCCACUGCUCCUGCUGACUCCAUAGUGGUGUGUUGUUCUGUCAAGGGCUGAGGUGUAUGGAGUGUGGAAGUCAGGCGCAGGACACCGAAGUUUAGUCCAACAAAGUUUACUGUGAAAACCACUGGGCAAAAAUACAGUAAACGGCCUCAACAACAAAACCGAGGCGAGCAAUACGCAAACCAUGCGUAUAACAAAUAAACAAGAAAACAAAUACAAAACACGCAGCACUACGGACAAGCGGAGAACAACACACAACCUAACCAAUACAACACAGGCAACUUAUAGAACACGUAAUCAGACACAAACGGACACAGGUGUGACAGACAGACAAAAGCAAUCACACAUAGAAACAUUCAACGGUGGCAGCUAGUACUCCGGGGACGACGAACGCCGAAGCCUGCCCGAACCAGGAGGAGGAGCAGCCUCGACAGAAUCCGUGACAACGGUGCCAAGUUGAAAGUCACUGAGUGCUUCAGUACGGGCCAUUCUACUGCCAAUGUUUGUCUAUGGAGAUUGCAUGGGGGUGUGCUCAAUUUCAUACACCUGUCAGCAACAGGUGUAGCUAAAAUAGCCAAAUCCACUAAUUUGAAGGGGUGUCCACAUACUUUUGUACGAAAGUAUUCAGCCCCCUUCACAUCUUUCCUAUUUUGUUGCCUUACAACCUGGAAUUAAAAUGGAUUUUUGGGGGGUUUGUAUCAUUUGAUUUACACAACAUGCCUACCACUUUGAAGAUGAAAAAUAUUUUUUAUUGUGAAACAAACAAGAAAUAACACAAAAAACUAAAACUUGAGCGUGCAUAGCUAUUCACCCCCCCAAAGUCAAUACUUUGUAGAGCCACCUUUUGCAGCAAUUACAGCUGCAAUCUCUUUGGGGUAUGUCUCUAUAAGCUUGGCACAUCUAGCCACUGGGAUUUUUGUCCAUUCUUCAAGGCAAAACUGCUCCAGCUCCUUCAAGUUGGAUGGUUUCUGCUGGUGUACAGCAAUCUUUAAGUCAUACCACAUAUUCUCAAUUGGAUUGAGGUCCGGGCUUUGACUAGGCCAUUCCAAGACAUUUAAAUGUUUCCCCUUAAACCACUCGAGUGUUGCUUUAGUAGUAUGCUUAGGGUCAUUGUCCUGCUGGAAGGUGAACCUCCGUCCCAGUCUCAAAUCUCUGGAAGACUGAAACAGGUUUCCCUCAAGAAUUUCCCUGUAUUUAGCGCCAUCCAUCAUUCCUACAAUUUUGAACAGUUUCCCAGUCCCUACCGAUGAAAAACAUCCCCACAGCAUGAUGGCAUGAUGGUGUUCUCGGGGUGAUGAGAGGUGUUGGGUUUGCGCCAGACAUAGCGUUCCUUGAUGGCCAAAAAGCUCAAUUUUAGUGUUAUCUGACCAGAGUACCUUCUUCCAUAUGUUUGGGGAGUAUCCCUCAUGCCUUUUGGUGAACACCAAACUUGUUUGCUUAUUUUCUUCUUCAAGCAAUGGCUUUUUUCUGGCCGCUCUUCCGUAAAAGCCCAGCUCUGUGGAGUGUACGGCUUAAAGUGGUCCUAUGGACAGAUACUCCAAUCUCUGCUGUGGAGCAUUGCAGCUCCUUCAGGGUUAUCUUAGGUCUCUUUGUUGCCUCUCUGAUUAAUGCCCUCCUUGCCUGGUCCGUGUUUUGGUGGGCGGCCCUCUCUUGGCAGGUUUGUUGUGGUGCCAUAUUCUUUCCAUUUUUUAAUAAUGGAUUUAAUGGUGCUCCGUGGGAUGUUCAAAAUUUUCAGAUAUUUUUUCAAAACCCAACCCUGAUCUGUACUUCUCCACAACUUUGUCCCUGACCUGUUUGGAGAGCUCUUUGGUCUUCAUGAUGCCGCUUGCUUGGUGGUGCCCCUUGCUUAGUGGUGUUGCAGACUCUGGGGCUUUUCAGAACAGGUGUCUAUAUACUGAGAUCACGUGACAGAUCAUAUGACACUUAGACUGCACACAGGUGGACUUUAUUUAACUAAUUAUGUGACUUCUGAAGGUAAUUGGCUGCACCAGAUUAUUUAGGGGCUUCAUAGCAAAGGGGGUGAAUACAUAUGCACGCACCACUUUUCCGUUAUUUAUUCUUUUGAAUUAUUUGAAAAAAGAAUUUUUUUCAUUUCACUUCACCAAUUUGGACUAUUUUGUGUAUGUCCAUUACAUGAAAUCCAAAAAAAACUCAAUUUAAAUUAUAGUUUGUAAUGCAACAAAACAGGAAAAACGCCAAGGGGAAUUAAUACUUUUGCAAGGCACUGUAGUGUAUCUUUCUUCUCUCUGACUCACUCUUACUCUUACUAGAUUUCUGUCUUUCUUUUAUUUUUCUCUAGGUAAGGUCAGACUAUGAGCAGCUCAGACACACCUAAAGUGCUGUGAGUCAGGAGAGAGACUUAGCCCAACAGGAGAAUAUACGGCUCCAAGGCAAACUGGAGAACCUCGAGCAGGUCCUCAAGGUGAGAAUCCGUCUGUCCGUCCAUCCGUCCAUCCGUCCAUUCAUCCAUCCUAGCUCUCCUACAUUCACUGCUGCUGUUCUUCCAUCUCAACAGUAAGCUCUGUCAGCCAAUCAUGAGAUAUGGAUUAAACAUCAUAGACAGGGUUCUAUAAGGCCUUUGCAAUCUGAUUGGGUUAGGUUAAGGUAAGGCUAGAUCACUAGAUCAAUCUUUUCUGAAAAUCCGAUUGGACAAAUGGAUCUAUCUACAAAGUCUAUCCUAUGAGUUAUAGAAUACAUCUUUCUUCCCAAUAAAAGUGUGUAAGUCAUGAGUUUUGUCAUUUGUUUUGCAGGAAACUUUUUUUCAUUAGACCCUUGUAUGCCAAUAGCAAUCAGCAGCAGUCUCAUAGCAGUGUGAAAUAUGCUCUCAUUACAAAUCACUGCUUCCCUCCAUUCCAUAUUGAUUGUCUGUUUGUAAGGAGUGGCUAUAUUUGAGAGAAAAAUGUACCCAUCUGAGAAAAUUGACUCCUGCUCCUAAAAAAUAAAAGAAGUGUGUGUUACUUUCUCAUUGCCUAUUGAUUUGUACGGAUGUGGAGAUUGCAUGUUGGAGAACAUUAUGGAGAGAGAUGAGGAUGGAGAAAGCAGAGAAAAACUCUGAAAAGGGAGAAUGAAAAAAUAUAAGUGAGAGAUUUCCCGAAGUGGAGCACUCUCCUUAGUUUCCAGUGUGCUCAAUGUUUCAGGGAUAAUAGUUGGUACUUUUUCACCAUUGCAUAACCAUGUUACCAAGAUUGUGCUAUACCUCAGCAUUUUCAGAGAGAGAUAUUCACUGACAUAAUAGCGCCAUAAAGUUGGCUAAUCUGAAUAAGUGGAGUCUUAAACAGAGAAGUAGCAUCUUUGUUGCUGUGGAUGAGGAUGAUGAUGGCGACGAUAACGAUGACGAUGGUUAGGAGAAUCAGUUAGCUGUACGCUAUUGUCUGAUCACUGUGUAUGAGAGCCAGAGGACUAUCGGCCAGUCCAUUUUGGAGCUUUUGAAUGACCAACAACCGCAUCUGACAGAAUGAUCCUAGUGACAGUCCCUCAGUCCCUCAGUCACUGGAGUCUCCUGUGUCUCUAGCAGAGCUUAAGACUCCUCUGUGAUUAUGCAAAGCAGUGCCUGCUCAGGACACAUCUGAGCAUCUCUGGGGAGAAAGAGGCUUUCCUUCUUCCAGAGAGAAAAAGAUGAAUGUCAGAGUUUAUAAGCUGCUUUAUGUUUUUAAACUCCAAGAAACAUCUUACGUUCCUAACUCCAACUCCUACCGGUGGCAGCUGCUCUUAACUCUGGAGAUACAGUCAUAAUGACUCAUUUGGGAGUGGGUGACUAUACACUGAGUGUACAAAACUUUAGGAACACCUUCCUAAUAUUGAGUUGCACCCCCUUUUGCCCUCAGAACAGCCUCGAUCGUCUGGGCAUGGACUCUACAAGCUGUCGGAAGCAUUCCACAGGGAUGGCCCAUGUGGACUCCAAUGCUUCCCACAGUUGUUUCAAGUUGUCUGGGUGGUGGUGGAGCAUUCUUGAUACACACAGGAAUCUGAUGAGCGUGAAAAACCCAGCAGCAUUGCAGUUCUUGACACACUCAAACUGGUGCGCCUGGUGCAGGUGUAGCUAAUGUUUUGUACACUCAGUGUAUUUGAUUGAUCACAGGAAUCAGUGAGACGGACUAGAUAUGGCGUCAAUAGAGGUAGACAAGCUUCAUACCGUUUGAAUGGAAAACGAGAGCUUUCUUUCUACUUUUGCCUUUUACCUUUGAUGUAUUGUUCAACUGGUAUUAUGGGUGCUGUAAAUGUGUUUGGACUGUGUUGUAACCAUUCCGUGAUCCAUUUGGAUAUUUUCAAGGCAUAGUUACCGCACUAUGAUCAUGGGUUGUGAUCCGGUGUCCCCAGCAUGUGAACGUGUAUUGACCAUGUUGUGACCCAGUCUCCCCAGCAUAUGAACGCGUAUUGACCGUGUUGUGACCCAGUCUCCCCAGCAUAUGAACGUGUAUUGACCAUGUUGUGACCCAGUCUCCCCAGCAUAUGAACGUGUAUUGACCAUGUUGUGACCUGGUCUCCCCAGCAUAUGAACGUGUAUUGACGGUGUUGUGACCCAGUCUCCCCAGCAUAUGAAUGUGUAUUGACUGCAUUGUUUGUGACCUGGUCUCCCCAGCAUAUGAACGUGUAUUGACUGCAUUGUUUGUGACCUGGUCUCCCCAGCAUAUUAACGUGUAUUGACUGCAUUGUUUGUGACCUGGUCUCCCCAGCAUAUGAACGUGUAUUGACCGCAUUGUUUGUGACCUGGUCUCCCCAGCAUUUGCGAGAGGCUGCUGAGAGGAGGCAGCAGUUGGAUGAAGAGCAUGAGCAGGCCCUGGCUGUCCUCACCACCAAGCAGCAGAAUAUCCACCUUCUGCAUAGGGUAAGCCCAUAACACCCCACCGCGCCUCCGACCCUAGACUCCAACCAUCACCACAGUGGUCAUGAGAAUAGAAAGGUUCUGAACUUUUGGAAAACAUCACAGUACAGUUGAAAAAUAUAUGGCAAAUAGAAAUCCAAUAUGGAUGGUGUUAAAUGGAGCUGAAGGAUGGGACUAAUAACAACAACUAAUAACAUUUUAGUCAUUUAGCAGACACUCUUAUCCAUAGCAAUUAGGGUUAAGUGCCUUGCUCAAGGGCACAUCGACAGAUUUUUCACCUAGUCAGCUCGGGGAUUAGAACCAGCGACCUUUCGGUUACUGGCACAACGCUCUUAACCACUAAGCUACCUGCCGCCCCAACAACAACAUAACUAAGGUAAAGCAUACUGUGUCCAUAAUAAGUAUAUAGGUUAUAGGUUGAGAGCUUUUGUGAAAGAGCACAGUUAGAAAAAUAUGGCAUAUAGAAGUAAACCAGAUGGACAUCAUGAAAAUGAUUGGAGGAAGUUCAGGAGUAAAAACAAACAAAAUAUAAUUAUUGUAGAAUUUGACUGUGUCCAUAAAAUGUAUAUAGUAUGUAUGGGCUGGAAGUAGAGGCCUAAGAGUUGUUGUUCACUAGUUUACUCCAAUUGGGGAAGGGGUGGUAGGGUUGGAAAGUAAUGAAGGGAAAUAUAAUUUUAAAAAGGAUAUGUGUGUGUGUAUGUAUGUAUAUACAGUGGGGAGAACAAGUAUUUGAUACACUGACGAUUUUGCAGGUUUUCCUACUUAUAAAGCAUGUAGAGGUCUGUAAUUUUUAUAAUAGGUACACUUCAACUGUGAGAGACGGAAUCUAAAUUAAAAAUCCAGAAAAUCACAUUGUAUGAUUUUUAAGUAAUGAAUUUGCAUUUUAUUGCAUGACAUAAGUAUUUGAUACAUCAGAAAAGCAGAACUUAAUAUUUGGUACAAAAACCUUUGUUUGCAAUUACAGAGAUCAUACGUUUCCUGUAGGUCUUGACCAGGUUUGCACACACUGCAGCAGGGAUUUUGGCCCACUCCUCCAUACAGACCUUCUCUAGAUCCUUCAGGUUUCGGGGCUGUCGCUGGGCAAUACGGACUGGGCAACACGGACUUUCAGCUCCCUCCAAAGAUUUUCUAUUGGGUUCAGGUCUGGAGACUGGCUAGGCCACUCCAGGACCUUGAGAUGCUUCUUACGGAGCCACUCCUUAGUUGCCCUGGCUGUGCGUUUCGGGUCGUUGUCAUGCUUGAAGACCCAGCCACGACCCAUCUUCAAUGCUCUUACUGAGGGAAGGAGGUUGUUGGCCAAGAUCUCGCGAUACAUGGCCCCAUCCAUCCUCCUCUCAAUACUGUAAGUCGCCCUGGAUAAGAGCGUCUGCUAAAUGACUAAAAUGUAAAUGACCUUCUCUGGAUCAUCCAGAUGGUCAUUGGCAAACUUCAGACGGGCCUGGACAUGUGCUGGCUUGAGCAGGGGGACCUUGCGUGCGCUGCAGGAUUUUAAUCCAUGACGGCGUAGUGUGUUACUAAUGGUUUUAUUUGAGACUGUGGUCCCAGCUCUCUUCAGGUCAUUGACCAGGUCCUGCCGUGUAGUUCUGGGCUGAUCCCUCACCUUCCUCAUGAUCAUUGAUGCCCCACGAGGUGAGAUCUUGCAUGGAGCCCCAGACCGAGUGUGAUUGACCGUCAUCUUGAACUUCUUCCAUUUUCUAAUAAUUGCGCCAACAGUUGUUGCCUUCUCACCAAGCUGCUUGCCUAUUGUCCUGUAGCCCAUCCCAGCGUUGUGCAGGUCUACAAUUUUAUCCCUGAUGUCCUUACACAGCUCUCUGGUCUUGGCCAUUGUGGAGAGGUUGGAGUCUGUUUGAUUGAGUGUGUGGACAGGUGUAUUUUAUACAGGUAACGAAUUCAAACAGGUGCAGUUAAUACAGGUAAUGAGUGGAGAACAGGAGGGCUUCUUAAAGAAAAACUAACAGGUCUGUGAGAGCUGGAAUUCUUAGUGGUUGGUAGUUGAUCAAAUACUUAUGUCAUGCAAUAAAAUGCAAAUUAAUUACUUAAAAAUCAUACAAUGUGAUUUUCUGGAUUUUUGUUUUAGAUUCCGUCUCUCACAGUUGAAGUGUACCUUUAAUAAAAAUUACAGACCUUUACAUGCUUUGUAAGUAGGAAAACCUGCAAAAUCGGCAGUGUAUCAAAUACUUGUUCUCCCCACUGUAUAUGUGUGUGUAUGUGUGUGUGUGUAUGUGUGUGUAUAUAUAAAUAUAUAUAUAUAUAUAUAUAUAUAUAUAUAUAUAUAUAUAUAUAUAUAUAUGUGUAUAUUUGCGCGAAAAAAAAACAUAUGGGGGACUGGAAGUGAUGCAGACAAUUACAUUGAUGGAAGUUACAAUCUAUCUGAAAUAUUAAAGCUGAUCUACCCCCUACAUUUUUUAAACUAAAUUAAAUACAUAAAAAAUCUAAAAUCACCACAGUGGUCACUAAAGACAAUGUAUCAUGGUAACAGUGGUCAAGUAUGUGUGCAUUGAUUAGAGAGACUAGUAUCGUGCAUCUAUUAUGCAAUGUUCCCCCAAACACUGUAACUCAUGACCCAUGAAAAACAACAACAUUCUACCAUAGUCCUAGUGUGGAUAUGAAAUGUGAUGGGAAAGUUAAAGGGGCCAUAUAAUAAGUAGUCUCCUGUGAUUGUGUGUCUGUCUGUCUGUAAUGGCAGCAGUAAUCUGAGCUCCUAGAGAGCUGUGUGAAUCCCUGUGUGUUUUGUUUAGAGAGGAGCCGUGACAGACACACAGCAAUUAGAGCAGAUAGCAAGCACAGCACAGAUCUUACUCCCCAGAGACACCGCCUAAAGUUAACCAAGCACUUCAGUUUAGGGAGACAGAGAGAGAAUGUGUGUGUGCGUGUUUGUGUGUGUGUGUGUGUGUGUGUGUGUGUGUGUGUUAUUGAGAGUUGAACGAGGAUGUUUGCUUUUGAGUAUUGCUGUGUGUUUGUGUGUGUGCACACCUAUCUGUGUUUCAAUCGGUGUGUUUGUAUGCAUCUGCCGCAGCGUCCUCAUUUGAGGCCUCGUCCUUUGUCUGUUUUGUCCUUUACCUAAUGUAUUGUGCUGUGAUUUCAUUCAAUUAGCAAAUGCACAGAUGAUAUAUCACUGGAGUAGAACAGCAUUCUGUCCUUCUCGAUAUCAAAGCCAAUCUGGAUGAAACAGCUUGAUAUUAUGAGGCUUUUCUGAUGCACCUCAGUUGCAGGUUUUUAAAUUAGAAGUCAUAGCACCCCCUCCAUUUUGCCCAGUCUCCACUGUCCUCAGAUACCCCACAGCUGUGAGGCAUUAACUGCCUUUUUACUGUAGUCAGUAAACCAGUCUCUUUAAGACUAUUUCACCUUCUCAUGCUGUGCAGAGCUGACACCACUGAGGGUUCUGCAUGUGUCUGAUCUAGCACUGACAGUUCCUCUUGAGUUGUUGUUCAACUCAGACUGUCUCUUCUACGUCUGCAGUGUACCAAGAGCUGUGUCAAUUGUAUGCUUGAUGUAGCACUGACAGAGAGAGAAUGUGCAGUGCUCACUGUGUCACCUGCAGGUCCUAUAUGUCUGUGUGUCUGUGUUCUCUAGGCUCAGGUUGAAGCUGAGAGAGAGCAUGAGGGUGCGGUCCACCUGUUAGAGGUAAGUGGACAUGGAGGUCCGAUUGGCAAAGUGAGGAUGGCUUCCGUGGCUGUUUUCAAAAUGGCUGUCAAUUGACUGAGACAUGUGGUUUUGUUUGUGUAUGCAAGAAACAUUGAUGCAUAUGAAAAUACCUAAAUUGCAUUGUUUUAAUUCCACGAAAUCCGUAUUGCCUUUCAUGAAAAACAAGAGUUUGAGGUAAACCUGGUUAAUCCCAAAUGAUACUCUAUACUGUAUUUGUAUUGCUUUUUGAGGCUUUUGUUGAGUGGGGAGUUAAGUACUGAUGAGCAUGGAAUACACAGAGAGUUGGGUCAGCAAAACCUCAUCCUGCCCAUAACUCUCUCCAUUACGACUCAGUUAGACCGCUCAACACUGCCGUUGCUCAGACUAAGCUCAGAAGCUCUCAUCCCAGCCACGGCAAUAAUGGAUCUGGAGAAACCUCUUUUACAGAAAAAUCAACAUGAGUUCAGGGGGCAACCAUCCAGAAGAUGGAAUAUCUACAGUGCAGAGGAGUUGCAUUAGGACUGGCACUGUGCACAGAGAAUUAUUAUUUGGGGUGUUUUCUUUUAGAAUACUCAUUGUAGAUGAUAUUCCCCAUAGGGGACUCUUCGUACCUACUUGUUUUGUAAUGUUUUUUUUUUUCUCAUUUAUUUACAUGAUUUUGCAUUGAUUACUGUAUUAUGUAUGCAUUGAUUGCAUACGAUGUAACAGUUUGAUUUGGGUGUUUGUUUUCUUUCAUCUUUAUUCAAUGUCAUUGUGUGUUUCUAUGUUUUUAUUUUGUGUCUGAACAGAACCAUUUGGACAGAAUGCAGGUAUUUAUGUUUCCCACCCUGAAACAUCUGCAGUUGAAGUCGGAAGUUUACAUACACUUAGGUUGGAGUCAUUAAAACUCGUUUUUCAACCACUCCACACAUUUUUUGUUAACAAACUAUUGUUUUGGCAAGUCGGUUAGGACAUCUACUUUGUGCAUGACACAAGUACUUUUUCCAACAAUUGUUUACAGACCGAUUAUUUCACUUAUAAUUCACUGUAUCACAAUUCCAGUGGGUCAGAAGAAUACAUACACUAAGUUGACUGUGCCUUUAACAGCUUGGAAAAUUCCAGAAAAUGAUGUCAUGGCUUUAGAAGCUUCUAAUAGGCUAAUUGACAUCAUUUGAGUCAAUUGGAGGUGUACCUGUGGAUGUAUUUCAAGGCCUACCUUCAAACUCAGUGCCUCUUUGCUUGACAUCAUGGGAAAAUCAAAAGAAAUCAGCCAAGACCUCAGAAAAAAAAUUGUAGACCGCCACAAAUCUGGUUCAUCCUUGGGAGCAAUUUCCAAACGCCGGAAGGUACCACAUUCAUCUGUACAAACAAUGGUACGCAAGUAUAAACGCCAUGGGACCACGCAGCCGUCAUACCGCUCAGGAAGGAGACGCUUUAUGUCUCCUAGAGAUGAAUGUACUUUGGUGCAAAAAGUGCAAAUCUAUCCCAGAACAACAGCAAAGGACCUUGUGAAGUUGCUGGAGGAAACAGGUACAAACGUAUCUAUAUCCACAGUAAAACAAGUCCUAUAUCGACAUAACCUGAAAGGCCGCUCAGCAAGGAAGAAGCCACUGCUCCAAAACUGCCAUAAAAAGCCAGACUACGGUUUACAACUGCACAUGGGGACAAAUAUCGUACGUUUUGGAGAAAUGUCCUCUUGUCUGAUGAAACAAAAAUAUAACUGUUUGGCCAUAAUGACCAUCGUUAUGUUUGGAGGAAAAAGCGUGUGCGAGCAAGGAGGCCUACAAACCUGACUCAGUUACACCAGCUCUGUCAGGAGGAAUGGGCCAAAAUUCCAACCUAUUGUGGGAAGCUUGUGGAAGCUUGUGGAAGGCUACCCGAAACGUUUGACCCAAGUUAAACAAUUUAAAGGCAAUGCUACCAAAUACUAAUUGAGUGUAUGUAAACUUCUGACCCACUGGGAAUGUGAUGAAAGAAUUAAAAGCUGAAAUAAAUAACUCUCUCUACUAUUAUGCUGACAUUUCACAUUCUUAAAAUAAAGUGGUGAUCCUAACUGACCUAAAACAGGGAAUUUUUACUAGGAUUAAAUGUCAGGAAUUGUGAGAAACUGGGUGUAUGUAAACUUCCGACUUCAACUGUAGAUACCCAGUGUUCAUCAUCUCCAUGGUCACAUCCUUCCUAUAGCCUUUAAAUCGUCUCAGUGAAUCACUUGGGCUCUAAUUCACAUCAGUGCAUAUGUUAUGGUAAUUAGGCAAUCAUACAUAUACUAAUAUUGAAUUAGAUUGAAUUAUAUAAACAGAGCCCCAUGUUGGUACUGGAUCACACUAUAGAUCCUCUUCUGCCUCCUCUGUACUGCAGUCCAAAGUUACGACCCAAAUGGUACCCUAUUCCCUAUAUAUUGCACUACUUAUGACCAGGGCCUUUAGGGCUCUGGUCAAAGGUAGUGCACUGUAUAGUAGUAGGGAAUAGGGUGCCAUUUGGUACGCCUCCCAGAUGUUUUGUAACAUCAAAGCACAUUUGAUUUCCUUGUUUCCAUUUGAAAACGAAGCAGAACAAAGUAGUGGCUCCCCGAUGGCUGUUCAUUCAUCCUCAGUUACUGUAUCUCAGCCCAUCUUGCAGCCCAGUGUUCUGACUCUGAACCAUCUAGUUUUAUCGCUGGGUGAAACCAACUUUCCCCGUGGGUAAGACCCUGGCUUGUCUUAUCUCUUACCCAGCAGGCCAUGGGGUUUGAGCCUUGUAGCUUUCAGAGAAAACCCAACGGUUGUUAACUCAAGGCUCUAAUCAUCGUCUCGGAGCUGCUUAGAUAAUGUCUUUAAUGUACAGUAUAUACUUUUCUAAGCCUCUUAACUCUUCGUAGUGCUUGGCUUUGGUUAUCAAAGUGUAUCAGUGUUGCACAGCCUCUUCUUCCAUAUACGUUGAUUACUCGGCAGUCAGUGUUUUUUAUAUGAAAUGGCUCUUUUGGGAUCCCGUGCCGUAAUUGGUUCGGCUUGCGAUCUGCAGCACCAGAUAAGGAUUUAAGCCAUUGACUAGUUGAACUCAUAGCCAUGUAGAGUCCAAAAAUUAUGCAGAAAAAUUAAUCCAUGCAUUUGUUACUUCUAGGUUAGACUACUGCAAUGCUCUAUUUUCCGGCUACCCGGAUAAAGCACUAAAUAAACUUCAGUUAGUGCUAAAUACGGCUGCUAGAAUCCUGACUAGAACCAAGAAAUUUGAUCAUAUUACUCCAGUGCUAGCUUCCCUACACUGGCUUCCUGUUAAGGCAAGGGCUGAUUUCAAGGUUUUACUGUUAACCUAUAAAGCGUUACAUGGGCUUGCUCCUACCUAUCUUUCCGAGUUGGUCCUGCCGUACAUACCAAUACGUACGCUACGGUCACAAGACGCAGGCCUCCUAAUUGUCCCUAGAAUUUCUAAGCAAACAGCGGGAGGCAGGGCUUUCUCCUAUAGAUCUCCAUUUUUAUGGAACAGUCUGCCUACCCAUGUGAGAGACGCAGACUCGGUCUCAACCUUUAAGUCUUUACUGAAGACUUAUCUCUUCAGUAGGUCAUAUGAUUGAGUGUAGUCUGGCCCAGGAGUGUGAAGGUGAACGGAAAGGCUGGAGCAACGAACAGCCCUUGCUGUCUCUGCCAGGCCGGUUCCCCUCUCCACUGGGGUUCUCUGCCUCUAACCCUGUUGCAGGGGCUGAGUCACUGGCUUGCUGGUGCUCUUUCAUGCCGUCCCUGGGAGGGGUGCGUCACUUGAGUGGGUUGAGUUACUGACGUGAUCUUCCUGUCUGGGUUGGCGCCCCCCCCUUGGUUUGUGCUGUGGUGGAGACCUCUGUGGGCUAUACUCGGCCUUGUCUCAGGAUUAUAAGUUGGUGGUUGGGGAUAUCCCUCUAGUGGUGCGGGGGCUGUGCUUUGGCGGAGUGGGUGGGGUUAUAUCCUUCCUGUUUGGCCCUGUCCGGGGGUUUCUUCGGAUGGGGCCACAGUGUCUCCGGACCGCUCCUGUCUCAGCCUCCAGUAUUUAUGCUGCAGUAGUUUAUGUGUUGGGGGGCUGGGGUUAGUUGGUUAUACCUGGAGUACUUCUCCUGUCUUAUCCAGUGUCCUGUGUGAAUUUAAGUAUGCUCUCUCUAAUUCUCUCGUUCUCUCUUUCUCUCUGAGAACCUGAGCCCUAGGACCAUACGUCAGGACUACCGGGCAUGAUGACACCUUGCUGUCCCCAGUCCGCCUGGCCUUGCUGCUAUUCCAGUUUCAACUGUUCUGCCUGCGGCUACGAAACCCCUACCUGUCCCAGACCUGCUGUUUUCAACUCUUAAUGAUCGGCUAUGAAAAGCCAACUGAGAGACCUGAGCCCUAGGACCAUACGUCGGGACUACCGGCCGUGGUGACUCCUUGCUGUCCCCAGUCCGCCUGGCCUUGCUGCUAUUCCAGUUUCAACUGUUCUGCCUGCGGUUAUGGAACCCCUACCUGUCCCAGACCUGCUGUUUUCAACUCUUAAUGAUCGGCUAUGAAAUGCCAACUGAGAUUUAUUCCUGAUUAUUAUUUGACCAUGCUUGUCACUUAUGAACAUUUUUGAACAUCUUGGCAUGGUUCUGUUAUAAUCUCCACCCGGCACAGCCAGAAGAGGACUGGCCACCCCUCAUAGCCUGGUUCCUCUCUAGGUUUCUUCCUAGGUUUUCGCCUUUCUAGGGAGUUUUUCCUAGCCACCGUGCUUCUACACCUGCAUUACUAGCUGUUUGGGGUUUUAGGCUGGGUUUCUGUACAGCACUUCGAGAUAUUAGCUGAUGUAAGAAGGGCUAUAUAAAAUAAAAUUGAUUGAUUGAUAGAGGUAUAUUAUGUACAUGUUAUUAACAUAAAACAUGCAUUGCUUUGUAAUAGAUCCCUUGUGGCUCAUUUGGUGGAGCAUGGCGCUUGCAACGUCAGGGUUGUGGGUUUAAUUCCCACAGGGGACCAGUAUGAAAAUGUAUGUAAGUUGCUCUGGAUAAGAGCUUCUGAUAAAUGACUAAAAUAUAAAUGUAAUACAGUGUAUUCCCUUCUAAAGAUGUGCUACAUAGGAACACAAAAACCUUCCAUUGAUUGAUUAUGUCUCUCUCUCUCCUCCCCUCUAUAUCACAUACCUGUCCACGGAAGGUCAAGGUUCGCGACCUGGAGCAGAAAUGCAGGUCACAGACUAAACCGUUUGGCCAAUUGUCCAAGAGCCUGGAAGAUUUCCUUCUGGAGGCGGAUACUGUGGACAUCCUCAGCACUGAGUCUUUCUCCAAACACAAAAUUCACCUUUCCCCGGAAAGUAAACUCUCCCAAAUCCUCAACGGACUGGCCGCCCAGGCAGGGAAAGGUGAGAGCUCCCAGCCCUGCCCUCUGUAAGAACAUUGUGCUGUCAGAAGACAUAAAUAUGAAGCAGAAAAGUGCCUAGCUUUAGAGAGUCAAAGUACAUGCAUCAUAUCUGGCAUUUUAUUCAAACUGUGUAUCUCAUCAAUCAAGACCAAUGGACGGUUCUGAAUGUAUGUACACAUGUACACACCCUUGUUCGUGCUCCAGAUGAGGCUCUGUCAGUCAUUAUGCCUGGGUAAUUAAUUAAUUCAAAAUGGAACAAGACAGUAAUAGAAGCCGACAGGAGUGAGGUUGGGAGAGUGGGAGAUAGAGAGGGAAAAUUGGCAGCUAAACUGGUUGGUGUGAGUCAGAGUGAGGACCUGCUUCUCUCUUCAGCCCAUCUCAGUGGUAGGCCAGUCUGAACCACUGUGGAAAUUGAGGAAAUGCUGCUAUAUUCAUGAUCAAUAACACAGCUCAUUGAUCAGAGGGCUGAUAUAUGACAUCUGCUAAUGAGAGCCAACACAUUAGUAUUCUAACCCCACAUACUAUAACCUGCCAGCUAAUACAUUCAGCAGAAUCAGUAAUGCAGAUACCAUAGAUUAGAAGGCUCUGAGAUACUGCUCUAGAUAUCCUCUACUCACUUUACUGCAGUGAAAAUGCUACUGUACGGUUGUAAUCUGGUACCAUGAUGAACCAAAUCCAACCACCAAGAAUUUUAAUUCCAUAUUUUUGUCUAAAAUGUGAAAUGACCUAGGCUUGGCGUCGUGUAGGGGGUGUGUCUACGAGAACUCUGUGAUGGCUGUGCCCUGGUCCCUGUCAGCUGUGUCUUUAGAGAGUGUUAACCAUCAGGGAAAUGCAUUGCAGAUGUGUCAGGCAUAAAGAGCACAGCCAGGUCCUGGCCAUAUACUGUAGUGUGUUUGCUGUCUACUCCCCUGAACAGGAAAUCAAUAGCUGUACCAUGAAUGAGAGCAGAAGGGAUGCCAGAUGCUCUUUAUUUGGUGUGGAAAUUGACGUUUCCCAGGCAAUGAGAGCUCGGCAAACACUCAGCUGAUAUCCAAGUUCCUCCGUCCACUGCAGAUUGUAGACAGAGACAGGCCGGAGCUGCUAUCUGUCAAUCCCACCGCCGUGACAACGAGCUGCCCCAGCAGCCCACGACGGGCGACCCCCUCAGAGGUGGGUACCGCCUCUCUUCUCUUCUCAUACAGAGACAAAGUCACAAUGCAAAAGCAUGAGGGUGCUUUAUCUUUGCUAUUAUCAACAUAUGGGCUAUUCAUGGAACAGCUGUAUAAUAGCACACGAUACCAGUCAGCUGAGCUAUAGCUGUAAAACCUAUGGGUUUAGCACCGGACAGCAACAUGACUCUCCUGUGGCAACUGUCAGAGAAGUAGAACUAGAGAGUAUAAGGGUUGAAGUAUUUAGAUGCAACUCUAUAAUUACUCCUCUGCCCCUGUGUUCCUGCAGAUGGAGGAUGAGGUCAGCCCUGCGCCCAGGUCCAAGCCUCGCUACACCGGCACGGUCCGUCUCUGCACCGCCCGCUACAGGUGGGACUAUUCAGUCUGUCUCACAACACCUGGGACAACUGGAUCAAAUAUGGCUCUGGUCUAGGGCGUAAUGUCAGUGUCAGCAAGCCGCACGUUACACCCUGGACCAGAGUUAGAUCACCGAGUACCUCAACCUGCACAUCGGAAGCACUCUUUUCGCCAUAAAAAUCUUGUAGUAUAUCUUGUAGUCAGGAGCACAUCAAUAUGUUGAACACCCUCCUCUCUCUUGUUGUGUAGUUACAAUCCUUACGAUGGACCAAAUGAGCAUCCAGAGGCAGAGCUCCCCCUGGUGGCUGGGAAGUACCUGUACGUGUAUGGCACCAUGGACGACGACGGCUUCUACGAAGGUGAGAGUGAAUCCAGGGCUACUACUUUGACUUUGCUGCUAACUUCUUUAUUGAGGGCAAAUGUACUUACUACAACUGUGAUAUGUGGUUGUCUCACCUAGCUAUCUUAAGACGAAUGCACUAACUAAGUCACUCUGGAUUAGAGCGUCUGCUAAAUGGCUGAAAUGUAAAUGUCCUACACACAUUCCACGCACACACUUCACCACUGGCAUCAGUAUCAACAGGGCCUGCAUCUAAUCUCAUUAGAAUUAUGAAGGCUUUUUCAUCCACGGCUACGCUAAUCCUCCUAGCAUCCCUGGCCCAGACUUCAGCCUGCUUCAGCAGCUUUGGUGAGUCAUCACUUGCAGCCAUGGGCGGUGGUGUUGGUGGUGGUGGGUGAGAAUACCUGGCUGGCUGCAUGGAGGAGGAAGAGGUUUGUAUUUACCACAGGGAUACAGGGGCUCAGACCAAGCUGUUGUCAAGAUGCAACCUGAGCACUGUAGCUCGACGGCUAAUCCAGCAAGGCCUGAUUAAUCACAGACAUAUUCCCCUGCGGACGGAGAGCUAGGGCCUCCCAGCCUCACUACUGUACUGACUGGAAUGAUGAGAUAGAGAGGGAGAGGACAGUCAGGAUGUCUUUGAAAAGCAAGUACAGUACUGAUGAGCGAAAGAGGUUGGUGGUUAUAGUGAAUUGGGUGCCAUUUCAGACGCACCCUUAGUUCCAUCCACUGUGCAGGAAUAGGUUUUUAACCCCCCGUACUUCCUGGAGAAAGUGAUGAUGGCAUUAUAACCCUAUCCUUCCUUCUCUGUCUGAUCCGAGAGAACAGUCCCUACCAGCACCACAGGGUCUCUCUUCCCACUCAUGUCGUCCUGGGAAAAUAGAUCACACUUCCAUUGAGUCACGAGAGCUCUCGUUAUUAUUUUCCUUUCUCUUUUUUCACUAAUGAGAUGGUCUAUUUUUAGCUGAUGUUAACAUUUGCAGCAGGCAUCAUUAAAGGCUUGAGCGUGCCAUAGAUUCCCCCUGAGACGGCCAUGUGUGAAUGGUGUCUAUCGUCAGGCUACUGUGUGUCAGAACAGAACAGAACAGGGUUCCUGGAAGGUGUUACUGUGUCUGACUGAAUAAUCACGCAAUUAAAUCUUCACAGCCAGCGAAUCCUGAGUGGUAUUACAUUACAGAAAUAUCCAUAUUCUGCUUAACUCUUUUGAUACCUUCUUUACAUACUUCAUUGCCAUAUAAAUAUACAUUCCUUUAUACAUACUAAAGGUACUUUUUCAUGGAAUAACAUGUUUGGGGACAAGAUUUGUAGAGGAAUUUGCAGAAGAGAGAGGGUUGUGGGUUUGUAUUUUGUUGAUAAUAAAGUAAGUAUCUCUCUCUGUCUGUCUCUGUGUGCUCCAGGGGAGCUACUGGACGGCCAGCGAGGGCUGGUCCCGUCCAACUUUGUGGAGUUUGUCCAAGACAAGGAGAAACCAUCCCUCCAGCCAGGGGACAUAGAGGAAGACCUGGGCUCUCUGGACCAUACCCCCCUUGGCCUGAUGGGGGUGGAUGGAGGGGCCCCUCAGGAUGGGCUACUGGGUUCCACCAACCCCCUGGGCCCCUGCAGCAACGGCACAGGGCCCCUGGACCCUGAGGAUCUGGUCGAUGACAUUGUGCCUUACCCCCGGAAGAUCACCCUGAUCAAGCAGUUGGCCCGUAGCGUCAUUGUGGCCUGGGAGACACCCAUGGUGCCUCUGGGCUGGGGAAACAUCAGCUGCUACAACGUGCUGGUGGAUGGCGAGGUGCGUGCCAGCGUACCCUACGGCGGCAGGACCAAGUCGUUGUUGGAGAAGCUGGAUCUGGACACCUAUACGCACCGCGUGUCCGUACAGAGUGUGACAGACAGGGGCCUGUCGGACGAGCUGCGCUGCACCCUGAUGGUGGGAGCCAACGUGGUGGUGGCGCCGUACAGACUGCGUGUGGACGACAUCCUGCGCGACUCAGCCGAGCUCUCCUGGUUGCCCAGCAACAGUAACUAUGGGCACACAGUGUUCCUGGACGGGGCGGAGCAUGCGGUGGUGAAGCCGGGGAGGUACAGGCUGCGCUUUGUUAACCUCAAGGCCAUGACAGUAUACAAGGUGAGGGUGGUGGCCCGGCCACACCAGGUGCCAUGGCAACUGCUCAUGGAGCAGAGGGAGAAGAAGGAGGCUGCUGUGGAGUUCUGCACACAAGCUGCUGGUGAGGCCCGGUUUGCUCUUUUAUUAAGUCUAAGUGUUUCUGUUGCCCACAUACAUAUAUUUGUUCUUCUGUCAUCUAUAAUGUUUUAUAGAAAGUUUGGAUAAAAGUCCAUUGGGUUAUUUGUUAGACAUAGACCGUUAAGGUAAGAUAUAUAGAUGACUCGUGUCCUUACCCGUGCUAUGUAUGUCUGUUAUGUUUUGUCCAGGUCCAGGACCAUAUUCCAGAUCAGGUCAGAAUGAAGACCAGUUGGGUUAUGGUGGUUUUGGGAAAAGUAGGAAGUAGCUUUUGAUUGGCAUGAGCAACUGACACAUUGAAUGAAAACAAGCUAACAGCACUUUAAAACCUAAGAAACUAUCAUGAGUAACUUCCUCAGCUUUUCCCUCCCUUUGGCUCAAUGCUAAUAUACAUUAUAGAUGAAAGUUACAUCCCAAAUGGCACCAUAUUCCUUAUAUAGUGCACUACUUUUGAACAGAGCCUUGGUCAAAAGUAGUUGACUAUAUAGGAAAUGGGGUGCCAUUUGGGAUGCAUCCUAAAGCUUCUGAAGUAACUCCCACCCACUCUAUCCUUCACUGAAAUUACCACAUCAGUAUCCGUGUGCAUUUCCCUCUGCCUGAGUGGUGACAUCACUGUGAUGUCCUGCAUGAUGUACCUAGUGAACCAGGAAAGAACAGGCUGUACUCAUUCAACUCACACUGACGCCUUUCAUACACAAGACACACACACACACACACACACACACACACACACACACACACAUAGACAGACUAUACAGACGGACACACACCACAUAAGCACAUUCACACACACACACACACACACACACACACACACAGUAAUGGUUUCAGGUGGCCUUGGGCCUCCCUUUGUUCCUUUCAGCCAUCUACUUUCACUCUUUCAUCAUACAAUACAUGGCAAACAACAUUCCAAAUAGCUUUCAAAUACUAUAUGGAUAAAUACAUUAGACUGUGAUUAGACUGAUUACAAAGCUAAAGAGUUUGAUAUUAAUCAGAGAAGACGUUUCAUGCAUUUAAGACUCACUCUAAAAAUAAUAGACACAAAUUUGAGCGGAUAUUACAUGGUGAUUGCUGAGGUGUAUGCAACCAACAGUGGAAAAGGGAAAGGGAGAUUUGUAUAUCACAGACUUGUCGCAAUCAUGUAAUUUCACAACAAAAAAGAGAUGAAACAAGUUAACAGCACUCAUGAAUGCUCCACUCACCUCCACUCCUUCCCUGUUUGUGUGUGUAUAACCUAUUUAGGUAGUAUCUAAUGUGUCGAUCCCCCCUCCAGGCCCCCCAUUACCCCCUCAGGAGGUGCAGGUGCAGUGUGGCCAUGCCCCGGGGGUCCUGCAGGUGCGCUGGAAGCCCCCUAUCCUCUCACCCACUGGAACCUCCAAUGGAGCCAGCGUCAUCGGAUACGCAGUCUGCACUAAAGGACAGAGGGUGAGUCAGUAACUGUGUGCCAAAGGACAGAAGGUGAGUAAGGGUAUACCCCAAGUGACAACGAAGUAUUUGAGAGUGAGUGAACUACAGAGUGUCAGAGUAUGUGAUAUGUGUGUGUAAUUGUGUCAUUGCAUCACCGCUGGCUUUAGUGCUCAGCAGUGCUACCUAGACAGCUCUCACUGUCAGUGCUAGUAUUCGCUAUAUACAAGGGCCUGUGAAAACCCUACAAAGCACACUCACUCCCUCUGCUGGUGAACAUGGAAUUAAAAUGGACAUCCUCUUUUUGUAGAGUUGCACAGGGUCUGUGUUAGGCAAACUGUCAAUACUAGUGGACAUUUCUCUGAAUUUAAGAGCAAUGCCAUUGGAAAGCAGUUGAAAGGAACACAACAAUGAAUUGAAUGUCAACAGUGUCCAACCCGAGGUAUGUGUGUUGUGUUUCCUCUCAGAUAGCGGAAGUGUUGUACCCUCUGGCUGACUAUGUGACAGUGGAGCUGAACAGGAUCCAGUGUCUGGAGGCCAGGGAGGUCAUCGUCAGGACGUUAUCAGCACAGGGAGAGUCCCAGGACUCCCACAUUGCCCCCAUUCCAAGCAACCUACUGUUGCCUCCUCCUCAUCCUGCCCCCCUGUCCCUUCCACACCCACACGCAGGGCACCCUCCACCUCACCCCCACGGCCCCCCCACCCCAUCUCCAGUCGCCUCACCUCCCCCACCCCCAACUACCCCCGCCUCACCCCCAGCCACCCUCACCCCUGCCUCACAGACAACCCUUCCCUAACCACAGUCCUCAGCCCCAGCCACACCUCCAAACCCUGCCCCCUCAUCCCGUCCCCCAGCCUCACCGACAGCCUCACCCCGCUCACCCUGGUGGUCCCCCACAGCCCCAGCCUCUGCACCUCCAGCCUCAUCCGCCCCACACAAUGCCCCAGCACCGCCUACCCCUGCUGCCCCACCCGCCCCCCCAGCUCCACCAGAGACCAGUAAGUGCCAGAGACCUGGAAGCCAAAGAGCAGGUGGUCCACCUUGGGGGCGUCCCCAGCCAGCCCUGGGACCCUGCCUGCUCCCCCUCCGCCCAGCCUCCUCCUGCCCCCAUGCACGGGCACAACCUGGAGGCGCCCCUCUCUGCCAACCACCGCUCGCCCUCCCCCCAGAGGAUCCUGCCCCAGCCCAGGGGCACCCCCAUCCCAGACCAAAUGGCCAAAGCCAUCGCCCGCGAGGCAGCACAGAGGGUGGCUGCAGAGAGUGGCAGAGUGAGUCAUUCAUACAUAAAGCCAAUCAAUGAUGCCCUGGUUAAAGCUCUAGUCUGAUAAUUUGUCUGUUGAAUUAAGUUACAAAUAUCUGCCUAUGGGUUGGGUUAGAUGGAGAGGAGAGUCGUCUACAAUGAGCAGGGCCAGGCCUUCCACCAACAGAACUCAGACGAGGAAGAGGAGGAUGAGGAAGGGUAUGGUCGCAGCCGCAGGAGACAGGGGGCCUCAGUAGAUGAGUUCCUCAGAGGGUCCGAGCUGGGCAGGCUGGUAAGACAGAAUAAAAAAGGUUUUGUCCAGGUGCUGGAUAUCCUAGUAUGAUUUCACACCUUUGUGUGUGUGUGUGUGUGCGUGCGUGCGUGUGUGUGUGUGUGUGUGUGUGAUUGUGUGUGUGUGUCUGUCAGGCCCACUACAGCCACAGUGAGGAGUACCACAGUGAUAGCAGCCGGGGCUCUGACCUUUCUGACAUCAUGGAGGAGGAUGAGGAGGAGCUCUACUCUGAGAUGCAGCUGGAGGAGGGACGACGACGCAACUCCCACAAUGCACUAAAGGUAGGAAUACCACUCAUAUAGUCUCUCAUCAAAGCUUAACAUUGAAAUGUUACAUUUUGAAAUUGAGUAACUGAUUUGGUUCUGAUUACCACUCGUGCAAUGGAAACAAGCAAGCAUGCAAACCCCUUUAUCACUGUUGGAUGAUAUGGCUCCUGUGUCCAGCCAUGUGUCUACAGCAGGAUACUUCCUCUGUCUUGUUUGAUUGGUUGACCUUCACAUUCUCAUUUAUUUGGAGCAAUGUCAUUGGAAGUCAAUUUUGUUAGUUGUGGGAAUAUUGAGACGUUUUUUUUAUGUGUGAUCUUUUUAAGAUUGGGAACACCCGCUCUGGGGGUCGGCUGGAUCGGGAGACGGGGAGAAGAACACCCAGGGACGGUCCGCAGCCCCAGAGACGCCCUCUUAUGGUGCCCUCCAUUGGUCAGUCGGGUCACAUGACCCCAGAGAGGACUCUGGGAGUCGUAGUGUUUUUGUGCUUUGAUGUUCUCUGUGCCCUAGUAGAUGUUCUGCUUUCUGUUUUAAUCCACCAUGAGCUUCUCUGUGUACAGAUCACCUCUGUGUCUUUGAACCAUGCUCAUGCCUUCACAGUACUGACAGCUUACUUAUAGACAUCAGUCAAUGUACAGUAUUAUCAGCUACUAGAAAGUUCCCUGGCUGCUACGGUGACUAGGUACACAGACGCAUAUUUCACAAUAUCAAAUGUAGAUCAAUAUUCCAAUGAUUAAAAACUGCUUUUGAUCUCUCUGUUUAUGGCCAGCGAUAUGUUAGGAUUAUCAAAGGUUAUGCCAGGAAUAGACCUCCAAACCAACCAACCAAUGAGUAGCCUGCGCGCUUUAACCACCAUCGUCUGAUUGGUGUUUCCUGUAGAGAUAACCACAGAGAGUAACAGUGAUGGGAACCUCACCCCCGUCACGGAGGAUGUUUACUAUGGCAGUGUAGCACGGCACAGGACGUGGUCGCCCCGCCGAUGCCCCACAGGUGCCAAGCCUCCCUAUAAUGGUAAUGCUGCAGUUUCUCCCUCGCUCCUUCACCAAAGCACAGCCAAAAGCCACCAGUGCUAGUGGAGAGAAGAGUAGUGACACCAACGAGUGCCUUAACAUGUCUCAGAACACCUAGCAUGAUCCACUACACUGCACCAAUAUAGCAGCUCGCUGAGCCACACUGGGCCCAAGAUGGCUGCCCACUGUUGUGGAUUGGAAUGACUGCUGCUCAGAGAAUGCUUCUCCCCUCCCUCCCUUGCACUGAACUCCAUCAGAUGCCUGCUAAACCCUUCCCCCUCUCAAUCUAACCACACCCACCACACCUUUACUGGGGUUGCUAUGCAUGACUGGGUGGAAGGAGUCAGGGUCUUUGAGGAAUUAUAUAGCAUGGUUGUCCUUGCUGAGCAAACUCAAUGACUGUUACAGAAAGUUGUACUAAAAUGAUCCUACUACAUCUUACAUAGAAAUACAUACUAAUUUGUUUGUUUGGGCUUUCAUUUGUUUACUAUGCUGAUGGCUUGAUCUUAUUUUAUCAUUUCUAAGCAAGGGGUCAACUAAAGGACAGGCAGAGUUUUCUUUGGACAAACUGUAGGCCCACCGUACUUUAGUGGAGCCUAAUACAAUAGUCAAAUCAGUGCCACUACCUCAGGGUUCAGCAGUAUGCAUGCUUAACUCAGAGUAUUGUAGUAAAUGUGCUUGUUUCUGUGUGUGUGUGUGUAUCAUAGUGUGUUUGUGUAACCCAUCAUGUCUGGCUUGCUCUACAAUCUCUAUCCAUCUGUAACCUGAUAAGGCCAUAAGCUCAUAUGUGGUGUCAAAUGGAUGUACAUUACAUUAUUACAUUAUUUACUCUUGUCUCUGUGCUGAUAAUGUGACCAAUUGAUGGAUUGACCACAGAAUUCUGCUUGCACACUACAGAAUUAAGUGUUGGUUUGAUGAGGCAAGUUCAAUACAUUAUGUAGGACUGUAUAGUCACCUUCAUGGUUUGGCUCUCUCACUUGUAAAUCACUUGUAAACAACACACCUGUCUGUACAUGCCUCUUCCCUUCUUCCAUUCCAUGAACAACAGCAUGCGCAACAUGCCUCACUACUACACACCAGUGCUACUGAGUGGCCAAAUUCAGCAAAAAAAAAUGUUUCUUUCAUGUUAUAGAUAUGAAUCUAGGAUCAAUGUAACUUGAUGUCAGAGUAAAAUAAUGCCAUAGACUGUGACCCAUUACAUCUGUAGUCGAUCCUAGUGGACCUAAAUUGAGAUGCAGGUGGAUGUGUUCUCUUUCUCUCCCGUGUUUAAGAGGGAUACAGGGACCGGGAACGUCGCUCCCCUCCUAACUACGAUGAGUCGGAACCUGAAGAAUCGUUCCGGAUCUUUGUGGCUCUGUUUGACUAUGACCCCCUGUCGAUGUCUCCCAACCCGGACGCAGCAGAUGAGGAACUGCCCUUUAAAGAGGGCCAGAUCAUCAGGGUGGGUGUCACACACAGGGCUAGGCCAUACCAGGAGAUGUAUUGUGCUUGAGGUACAAUAUAGAAAUAGACUUUUCCUUCCAUCCCUCUGCCGUCUGUUUCGUUUUGCUUUCAAUUACUCUUUUCUUGUUCCAUUUUUCUCUCUCCCUCCCCUCUCACUCUCCCUUGCUUUCUGUCUCUCGCUCUCUCUCUCUGUGUUCCAGGUAUAUGGUGAUAAGGACACAGAUGGUUUCUACCGAGGGGAGAUCAGGGGAGGCAGGAUGGGGCUCCUGCCCUGCAACAUGGUGUCAGAGAUCAGGGCUGAGGAUGAGGAGACCAUGGACCAGCUCAUCAAGCAGGGCUUCCUCCCGCUCAACACACCAGUGGAUAAAGUAGGAAUAGGUAACCACAGAACUAGAAGGAGUAGAAUAGACAUCCUCAUUCAAGUCAAUGAUUCCAUAACGGGUGGACUGGUAGCCAUUUUGACUGUACCCAUUCAUAUCUCCCUAGGACACCACACAUACAUCUGUCACUAUAUCACCUCUUAUCCUGGCGUGCCCUCUUGUUUCCUCUCACAGGGCAGGACAGACGAGGCCUCCGCCAGCACCAGGCCACCAGGAGGAUGGUGGCCCUCUACGAUUAUGACCCCAGAGAGAGCUCCCCUAACGUGGAUGUGGCGGUAUUGACACACACACACACACUGUACAUACAUACACACACUGUAACCAGAUAGACAGACAUUGUAAGGAUAUUAAUGACGUCUCUGUUUCCUGAUAGGCUGAGUUGACUUUCUGUGCUGGUGACAUCAUCGCUGUAUUUGGAGAGAUUGAUGAAGAUGGAUUCUACUAUGUGAGUAUGGCUCUUUUCUAGGUUCCAUGAUGUGACUAGUAGUAUUAUUACAAAGGGCAAUUCAAAGGUUGUAAAAGUCAGAGAUGUUUUAGUUCUGCAUUUUAAAGAAAUACCAUUGGAUCAACAGCCUGCUCAUACACAUAGUAUGUCCUCUUGCCCAGGAGAGGGCUCUUUCCCUCAGGUUUGACCACCAGAGUUCAAUGCGUCUAGUCAUGGUUCUCAUCCCCACUGCCCCCUCCUCUCCUCUCACUGCAGGGUGAAAUCAAUGGCCACCGCGGCCUCGUCCCCUCCAACUUUCUGGAAGAAGUGCCUGAUGACGUGGAGGUGUACCUGACGGACACUCCAUCCCGCUACGCCCAGGACGAGACAGCCAACCGGGCCGAGGCCAAAAGGGUACAUCGCCGCUCUCAGCGCUAGGCCCUCUGUCCAUCCAUCCUCCGUCUCUCUUGAUUUACGCCUCGCUUUCUCCACUUGCCGUCUGUGUUCUGUGUGUGUGUGUUGUCCAUGUGUGACAGUGACAGUGGUGACUAUACAAACCUUAGCCCCGGCCGGCGAAAGGGACAAACGCAGUCAAACCUUUCUGAGUGUUAGAAAGGAAGAAGCAAAGCCUGAUGUUGACAGAGAGAUAGAACACUUGAACUGUGUCUGUACGGGGCAGGUGAUAUUCACAGACCAGUGACAAAAGAGAGUGGAGAUUUUGAAAAAGGCUAAAGUCAUUCCUACACAGGAAUAUAGAAGGAUCAUUGGGUAACCUCUUUGCACUGAAACACAAAACCCAACUCUGGAUCUUGUGUCUAUUAAUAAGUGCUUUAUGAACACCUCUGAAACGUUCCUGAUUUCUAACAGUUGUUUCCCAAUGGACAGAAAGGAUUUGAGUAAACUGUAGGGUUGAUAAUAUAGCAAAGCAUGCCUUUUUCAAAAAUAAACUCGAUACCUUUUAUAUAAUAGUAGACUUUAUUGGCCCAACUGCUGUAUUUCCUGGGAGAGGCUUUGUUUCUUUUUGUAUACUGAACACACUUCCAAAAAAUAUAUAUUUUUCAGGACUGAUGAAAGUUGAUAUAUAUGCCAUGUUUGAUCUAAACCAGAAGAAUAAACAGCCACAGUGAGACAUCCAUACUGUAAUGGUACCAUGGAACAAUAAAAGCAGCAAUAAUUUUCAUUUGCGACCUGUGGUCAUGUGAGUAUUGUUAUUUUUCUUUUCUGUUCUCAUAGUCGUGGUGUGGGUUGUACUAAAAAUGAAAUGUCACCAUAUCUGAUUUCCUUUUUUUCCUCACCUGCUUGGCAAAUACAAACAGAAGAAGAUUGUUCAUUUCACAUCAUAAAUGGCUCUGUCUGCCUUGUACAGUAUGUGAGCAACUAGAGAUACCAGUCUGACAGAUCUAAUGCUGGGCAUUGUGAUUACACUUAUGUUAAAUGGUUUAUUUGUAGCCAGUAAACAUUCUGCUUACACAUUCACAAGUUUAUAGGUUAUGGUUAUUCAUGCUUGCACAUUAAAGUUUUACAUACUAGUUGGCGUAAUGAGGAAAGUGCUUCCCCUUACUUUUUAGUGUAACCAGAAGGCUAAUUUCCAGCAUAAAUUAGACAUUGUUACAAAGUUAUCUUUUGUAACAAUUUAUUGGAGUGAUUUAAUGCUUGCAAAGUAGUGGACUACUACUUAUCGGUGAGAUAGUGCUCUAUUUUGCAAACUUAAAAGUUCCCUAUAUCUGUAGUUGUUGAUAAACCAUUACUAAUGGGAGCUGCAAAUCCCCAUUUGAUUCAAAGUUAUGAUUCCUCUUUAACUUUGUGAGACCAUUUUAAAGGUCCUAGAUUAACUAUAUGAUAGCAUACCAUACUUUGUUAUGUUGCCAGCCCAGUGCAUUAGGCAAGAGGGAUGGUAUCUACAGUUGUCUCCCUGAGUGUUGUAUAUUACUGUGUGUGUGUCCCUCAUGAUCGAUGGACCUAUCAGAAUCUGUGGUGUUGCGAUGUCGUGCUCGAUGUUUGAUGGCUUCCUCCUCAGUGUUUGUAUGUGUGAAACCUCAGCAGCGCCACCAAUGUCUUCAGUCCCGACAGGGAGGUAUAAUGAAUGGUUUCAAUAAUAGCCCAAAAGGCAAUACCUCAUCCUUAUUCUGAACCACUUUUAUAAACAUUAUGGGCUGGUUUCCCAGACACUAGUCCUGAACUAAAAACCUAUUCCAAUGGCGAAUUUUCAUUGAGCAUGUGUUUUAGUCCAGGGUGAGGCUAAAUCCUUGUCCGGGAAACCAGCCCUAUUUGAAACAUAAACGUUACAUAGGUAUUUGACACACAUUUAGUGGAAAACCUACAGUAAGUAUAAUGGCCUGCAUUGCCAUUGUUCUCUUUAUUAUACAGAGUUAUGUUUGCAUACUUGCCUAUAUUGACAGCUAAUGCUGAGAAGUCUCAAGGUCAGCACACAUAACAUAUCAAAUUCAAAUAUUGUUGGAAAUGUAAUUAGACUGGAAAUAUUUGGCAUACCCAACCCUUCACUCUAUUUAAACCAAAAGUAUUUUAAAGUCCCAUUGGAUAUAUAGCGUUACUAUAGAUGGAUAGGGCUACUCAGGUGACAGCGGGGUGAUACAGUGUUAUUGAGGGACACAAUGCUGACUGUAGACUGUGUGUACUAGUCCUACCUCAGACAGAGAGAGCGUAGGCCACAGUGGACCACUGCUUUCUUUGUAAUGCCCUGCCCCUACCCCCCACCACCCUCCAUGGCAUCUUUCUUCAGGUAACCACGGAUACCACAGAGAGCACGGCCCCGCCUGUCCGAGUGGCAUCCCCCAUGGUGGGUCCCCUGUGUCCCCCAGGCACCAUGCGGCCCAUCAGCCCCACCAGGGGCCCCAGGGACCUCCGAGACAACAAAAAGAAAAAAGGACUGCUCUCCAAGGGGAAGAAACUGCUCAAGAGACUCUCUCCGGUUAAAUAA